GACCCCCGCCCCGUCGCUCCUGGGCGCCGGGAGAACCGGGAGGCGGCGGCGGCGGCGGCCAACUUCCUUCCCGGCGCGGCGUCUCCAGCCCCGGCAGAGCGCGGCCAGCGGGGAAUUCCCAUGAUGCGUUGGCCAAAAGAUACAAAAGGGGAAGCAGCCAUGAGAUCGUUGGUCUUCACUUAACGAUGCAAGCCAGAAUGGCUGCUGUAGAAGCUGCAGGCAUUGUUCAGAAUCCCAGGGCCAAGUCUCUCUUGGUCAAAGACAGAAAAGAGUCCCAGGACGAAAAUGGGGCAGCCAGCCACUUCUCCGAACCCUGUGAUGCUUCCUUUGCUGGGGCAGAGCCAAAUCGGCAACAGGCACCGGCCAGCAAGCUGAAAAAGACAGCCUUUAAAUUCUUCGGGGGAAAGAGAAGCAUCUGCACCCUACCAAGCUUUUUUGGGGGGAAGAAUAAAAGCCAGGGCAAGGGAACCUCCAAAAAGGGUCUCAGCAAGAGCAAGACUCACGAUGGUAUCAGUGACACGGCGCACGAAGAGGCUAGUUCUGGAUGUCUCGGGAGUCCCUCGGACGGAGGGCCAGACUUCCCUCUUCCCCAGCUGCUGCCAAGUUCUCAGAGCGCUGUUUUGGGAGCCGAGCUCAGAGUUGGCUUCAUCCAGACCUCAAACCUUCUGUCCAGCAGCUCUGAAGGCUUUGAAAAGAAGCUGACAGGAGAGAAGUCCUUGUUCCUCCCAAGAUCCAAAAAGGGGCUGAAGGGGCUUUUUAAUAGCAUUCGCCGUCAUCGGAAGAACAAAGUUGCUGAACCUGAGAGGACUGAGCUGCAAGAAUGGGCUCUCAGGGACACGGUGACCGAAGAACAGCCAUGUGGAAGUGGGUUGGGUGGGAGUCCUCAUAGUGGGGCUGUGACACCAAAACGUGCAGACAAUUUUUCCCGUGAUGCUGUGCCUCAAAUAGCCAACCAUAAUAAGGCAGGAGAGAUGGACUGCUUGGCCUCAAGCCCAGUUAGGUCCAUUGGCGAGGCAGCUAGAGGACCAGCGUGUCCUGAAGGAUCUCGAGAUGGGCAGCCAAACCUGGAAGACAUCUGUGUUGACUCUGCCUACAGUGACCUCCCUGAUGCUUUUGAACCAGAGUUCCUGGAGAAGAGCCCUCCUUGCAUACCCUCCGGGGAACAACUUAGCUUGAUGUUUGGGGAGGUGACGUCUCUUAAAAGCUUUGACUCUUUCACCGGUUGUGGAGAUAUCAUUGCAGAACCGGAUAUUGAUAGCAUCACAGAGAGCUCGACAUCUGUGGAACGCAGCCGGGAUGCUACCAAGAGGACCUCUUGUUUGGUUACUUACCAAGGUGGAGGGGAGGAAAUGGCCCUGCCGGAGGAUUUAGAAGAGUACCUCCAGCAGAUGUGGGCAGGAGCCAUCAAAGGAGAUGCAGCCUCUGAAGCACAUCUGCCAGAGCUUAUAACCAAAUGUGACCUUCAGGGCAUGAAUGGUGCCAAGCAGGAAGUUAAACUAUACACUGAAGGAACAAGGAAUGAUAUAGACCUUCUGACACCACAUAGCGAUCAACAAGAAUCUGCUCCCAAUAGCGAUGAGGGCUACUACGAUUCUAGCACCCCAGGUCCUGAAGAUGAAGCUGUUGAUGGUUUAGAUGAAAUCAAAAAGGACCGCCUUCCGAGGGACAGCUACAGCGGGGAUGCUCUUUAUGAGUUCUAUGAACCAGAUGAUGCACUGAUGAGCCCAUCUCAUGGAGAUGGAUCCUGGUUUGAUGGGAAAGUGUCUCCUUCGAAGAUAUUUGACCAGUUCUUGGACUUUGUUCUCCCCAGUGAGAAGGACUUGAUCUGGCUGAUGGAACAGAAAAGUGAAGUGAUGGAAACAGAAGAGCAGAGGCUGGCAACCCUCCAGAAACAGCUGCUUUUUGGGGAGAUGCAAAGAGAGCCAGCCCUGAAACACCUCCAGGAGCUUAGAAGAGACCAACUUCUGAGACCAGGGCAGCUGUCUGAAUGUAAAAUGCAAACAACCAACUUAGUUGAGAAGAGCUCGAGUUGCCUUGGUUGUGAGCAAAUGAAUUUUUGUGCUUUGAACGACGGUCUAAAUGGUGGAAAGAAGCUAGCAGAAAACCAAGACUGGGAAGAUGAUUUCCAUAAGAAGCUCUGUCCAGAAAAGCUUUGUGAUAGCAGCAGCACCACUAAAGCACAUAAUAGUUGCCUUAUUCAGCCGUUAGAGAAUGGCUCAGAGUUGGGCUCCAGCAGUGAACAUCUGGUGCUUGAUUCCUGUGCUUUGGCUUCGGGAAACUCUGUGACCUACCCUCUCUACAGGGUGCAUGGGCACCACAGCUGCUCUCCGAGAGCUGACUUUCAAGAGCCCUGCCAGGAACGCAAUGAAGAACCAGAACAAGCUGUCAACUUCUCACAAGCCUUGGUGGAAUUCACCAGCAAUGGGACUCUUUUCUCCAGCCUGUCUGAAAGUCUUAGAAGCUCCAAUUCAGGCUCUGAGUUCACUCAGAACCUUCCUGACCUCCCCACAAUGGUGACCUUUGACAUAGUCGAUGUAGAACAGGAAGGGGAAGGGGAAUGCGAGGAGCAUCUGGAGAUGAACACGGAUGAGGACAUGACCUCAUCCUUUGAGGCUUUCAAGGACACUUACGACUCCAAAGCAUCCUUUGCUGAAUGUAAUGAGCGAAUGUUUCCUGAGUAUCCUCAGAUCUCUUUCCACUGGGGAGCUGCCAGCCUUCCUCGGUGUCUUCGACUUCAGGAGCUGAGUCCACCUCUUCUGGAGCCACUGUCUGUCUGCAGGAGAAGCCGAUCCCUUGAUACCGAAAGUCUGGAGUUUGAGCUGGCAAGCUUGCAGCUAUCCAAGAAGAGCUUUAGGUCAUUUGAGCUCUGGAGCGGUUCCAAAAAGAAUCCUGGUCCUCUUGGGUUGGACAAUGGCCAGGAAGCUGUGCCACAUUCUCCAGGAAAAAGAGAAGAAGCUAUUGGUGGCCUCUCAUGGCCAGGACGGUUGAAUGUACCACAUGGCAAGAAGGAAUCUUCCUUGCAAGAAACAAAAACAGGAGAGACUGGUUGGAACACACACCCCUCUCAAAGUCCUUGGGGAAUAUUGAAGCACUCUGACAUGGCUCCUCCUUUGGCUCACCUGGGGCAGAAUUCCAUCAGUGAACCAGCUGGACGCCUUCAAGCAGAUGGAAGCAACCAUCCAGUCCUUCCAGCAUUGAGACCAUUGACCAGACCCUCCACUCUGUUUCUGCAGGCGCCUGUGAUGUCUCCUAAGAGGCCUGGUGGGGACAGUUUGUCGAAAAAACAUGCUUGGGUCCUCCCUUUGGGAGAGAAUGGUCUAGACUUGCCUUUGAGCUUUGAUUUUCCUUGCUCCCCUGAUAAGCCGUCAAUGUGUAAGCCUGGGGAUGUGGCUCAGGAAACAUCUCAGUUUCACACCAAGCAGUGCUAAGACCACCUACAGGGGCAAGGCUGAACAGUGGGGAAACUCUAGACCCAGAACAUUUGGGAAGCACUUCCUGCCAGCUAGUUAGUCUAUGAACUUAGCUAGCCAAGUAGCUUUUGUUAAUAGGGCUCCAGCUGAAUUGUUUUUGUUCCGGUGGGCUGUGAGAAUACAGAAAAUAUUGCAGACUGUUGACUUUGGUUUGAAGCUAGGAGAACUGGGUGAAAUGUUGAUGUUUCUCCUUAAACAGACAUGCUUGUGUGUAGAGGGAACUUCUGUUGAUGCACAAAAUGAUAUGAAGAGAACAGGGACAGUCUCAGAAGUUGAGAUGGGAAUAAAGUCCUGAAUUAUUUCCAGUUCCACCAUUAUGGGAAUAGGAGAAGAAAUAAUUUCCAAAAGUCAACUAGGUGGCCAAAGUUAGAAGGUAUAUUUUGGAGGAGCAAGAAACUCGAGGACCUGCCAAAAUGAGAUGUUUGCUUAUGGUGAAACUUGUUAACUCCUAGUUUUUGAGGACACGUGCUUAGAAGUCAACCUACUAAGCUGCUUUUAUUCCAAGAGAUGCCUGUAGAAGAGAGUGCAAAUAGAGAUACUUACCUUUUAUGGUCCCAGAACCUCCUCUAGAAUGGAUGGGGCCAGUUUCCUCUUUCUUUUUUUAGUUGGGAGGGAAGUUAAGGGACAGAAUUAGUGCCUUAAGCCUUCUAAAGGCUUAGCACCCAUUUUAUAUCCCCCCCCCCAAUGGGUCUUGGCCUGGGCCAUGGUUGGAAUGUGGCCUUUGACAAGUGGCACAAGGUCUUGGAUAGCCUUGAGCCAACAGAAGUCUGGCACUUGUGAUAUAUAGGAUUGCAGCUGUGCAGCAUAUCUUAAGUGCAGCUGUGCAGCAUAUCUUACUUGUUACAGCAGCAUUUCCCAACCUUGACAAAUUGAAGGUGAGUGGAUUUCGAUUCCCAGAAAUCUCAGCAAUGCUAUGCUGGCUAUGGAAUUCUGGGAGUUCUGGGAGUUGAAGUCCAUAUACCUAGAAAUGGCUCAGGUUUGGAAAUCCUGCUUUAGGGUAUGCUGCUCAAUUUGGUUGGGCUUUAUGUAGUUUCAGUGGGGGAUGGGAGGCAGAAAACUACCCAACCUGGUGCUUGUCAAUGAGGAGAUUCGGUUGCAGUGGAUGGGAUGGGCAAAAUAGCAAGAAGGUGGCUAUUAGUUAAAUUAGGGCAAGAUGUGAUUAAAAGGGAAACGGGCCAAAAAAAGGCUCUGAAAUCUGUAAUCUAGGAGCAUCUUACUUGGGGGGUAUAUUGCUUUUAAGAAGACAUGCAUACAAUUAAAAAAAUUUAAAAACACUUCUUGAUACUGAAACAAAGUAAUGUCAAUGCAGUGGAGGUUUUGUAAUGUCCAAAGAGCAUAUUUUAAAAAGUGGGGGAAACCCCAAUACAUGCAAAACUGUCUUUAUUUAAAGUAAUAGGAUUCUGUUAUUUUUUUAUGGUAAAAUUUUAGAGCUGUGCAGCACUUCCAGUUUGAUUCCAGAAAAGAGACUUGGCUUGCUUGUAUGUGUUGGUCCUGUGUCUCUCUCUCUCUGUUUGUAUGUGAAUCCUGUCCCUAGCACUUUCAAGACGCUGUGCCAUUUUCCAGGAUCAGCUGGCCAUUGCAGAAGGAAGCCAUGCGAUCCAGAGAAAGGACGUAGUUGCUUUAAUGAGCUACAUCCAGACUGAUUGUGAGCUCCGAAGUUCAUUUUUUGGAAUCAGAUUCGAAGUGCUGCUGGGCAGAAUAUCUGUUGAAAUCAAUUUUCUAGGGUGCCUAGGAUGGCUAUGCGUUAAAAUAUUGGAUGCAGAGAAGCUUCUUAGGAAAUAAAGCUUCCAUCAGUUGGCCAAAGUUGACUUGGUCUCCUGAAUUCCUCUCACAGCUGUCUUGUACUGUAUCACAACUUAUCCUUGUUGCGCAUAAGAAAGAUGUGUGUCUAGGGAAUUGUGAUAUUCCAAUGUGCAUUUCCCCCUAUAUUUAUUGUGACAUUCCAAUGUGCAUUUCCCAUAUAUAUAUAUAUAUAUAUAUACCAAGUCGGAUUGACUAGUUUAUUAAAAAAAUCCAGAUCCUGUGUCCCACCUGUGCACACUGUAAGGCAGGUAAUAUGCAGCAAAAGCUCUCAAGUCUGUCUCUUUGUCAAAGACACGGUUUAAGAAUGCCCGAUAGAUAUAUUUAUGGAAUGAGGGGUCCUUGGUGCUCUGUGAACUUAGUUGUUUUCUUGCAGACUUUUCAUUACCCAAACUAGGUAACAUUAUCAGUGCCAGUGAGUACUAAAUAACACUGAUGAUGUUACCUAGUUUGGGUAAUGGAAGGUCUACAAGAAAAGCUCAGAAAACAUCAAGGAAUAUUUGAGCUACAACUAUUCUCUUUUACUGAUAUUUGCAAAGUUUGUGCAGGAGAACUUCAGGGAGACUCAGCUCUAACAAUCCAUGCAACAUCUUUUUCAUAGUUGUCCCAGCGGUGUUCGGAAUUCGCAACUGAGACGAACGUUGAAAGUCUGAUCAGACGGUUGGUGCUAAUACUUCAGAAUCCUUUUUGCACAAAGACUGAUGCAACUUUUUUUUUUUCAAAAGCUCGCAGGCAGAGCAAGAGCGGGUCCAGCUUCUACAUGAUGAUGAAAAAGUUGUGAUUAUCACCCAUUCUUAAUCUGUGAUUAUCACCCAUUCUUCAUUGGGUGAAGGAAAGCCCUUGAAUCCUGGUCCCUGAAAUUUGGGGGUGAGAUUUUACUUUUUAAAGAAAUGGGAAUGACAAAAAAAACAACCACCUUUGUGAUUAACUUAAAUUAAUCUGGACGUAUCAUUUAAGUUCUCCCUCUAAAUAGGAGCUAGAAUAUUUGACACAGCCCUCUGCUGUUCUUGAAAAGAAGAAAAGAAGAAAACGGGGUUCUUGGCCAUAAAAAGGCUGCUCCCAUUUGUAGUAAAUCAAGGAUUUCCCAUUAAAUAAAUGACAGGCUUUCAGUGUUUGGUGAAAACAAUUAAAUUAGGCGGAAAGAUUCUAUUUCAGUCUUAAUAAUAAUAAUAACACAGUUGGAAGGGAUCUUGAGGUCUUUUAGUCCAACCCCCUGCUCAAGCAGGAGACCCUCUACCAUUUCAGACAAUCCCUUCUUGAAAGCCUCCAGGGAGAUUUCCCUGCCAUGUUAAUUUUUUGGGGGGAGGGGAGGGGUUACGUAACGGCACCUUGAAAACCGAACCUUCCCACCUCCGAUGUUUGGGAACAAGUUUUCCACCUGAUCUCCAUUUUCUCAGACUCUUCUGGUCUUGGACUUUGCUACUAACCAUCAAUUUGCCAUCUCCUUCAAAGGGUGGGGGGGUUCUUCUCUGGAUUCCAAUUUGGGUAGUGAAUGGGAAGAUUUGCUUGAAAAUCCCUGAAACCUCCCUCCAAACAUUUGGUGGCACUUUGAGCAGGGUGUGACUGAGCCCAACGCUAGCCUGUUUGUUAAUUCCACUCAUCUAAAAAUACCUAAGACGGCUUUCCUUCUGAAUGGCACGUCUUGAUUCAUAGAGCAAUAUCCCCUGUUGCUCUUAGCCAGCAUGACCAUUGGCCAAUGUUUGGAUCCCAUAUCUCUGACUGCAAGUCUGGGUGAUUCCAAGCCAAACGACAGCUCACUGGUCAUGGUGUGGUGGGCCAUCAACACUUGAAGAUCCUCCAAAUGUUGCCUACCUGAGACUUCUGAAAUGGGAUGGAUGGAAUUGAGAGGCAUGAUCUGUUGAAGGGACCUCUGUUUUCAAUUGCUGCAAACAAUUACGCUGCCGAUAGAUAGGAUGGGUGAAGUUCACUGUGUAAAGUGUUUUGUUCACGGAUUGAUGCUUUCGGUUGCAUUGGGUUUGGCGUGGCGUGCACAUAGUUCGUUCUUCCUUUUGAAUAUAUCACCAAAGACAUCUUGUGGAAUUGUUAAAUGGCGUAAACACUUCUCUUUUUUUAUUUGGUUGGUUGUUUGGGGAAAAGGGGUGUAUCAUAGGUGUUCAAACUAAUAAGAAUGUUUGUCUACAGAUAUGUAUUUGCUAGCCUCCAGGUUGUGGAUAUUUAUAGAAAUGCUUUUUUUUUCCUAAAGAAAACCAAUUUUAUAAUAUACUAGGGUACUCAAGACUUUGACUUUGCAUCUGUCCUCAUUCUAAAAGAGUUUUCUGAUUUUGGCGUUGUGGUCUCUGAAAAAAAAAAAGUGAAUUGUCGCAAGGAAAUGUUGGCUGAAUUGUGAGGAAGGGCAAGCACGAAAGGUGGAGUAGUAGAGCUGGAAUGGAUCUUCUCAUGUUACAAUCUGUUUUGUAGUCUUGGUUGGACUUGAUUGGACAUUUUUGACUUGAUAACUUUCAAGGCUCAAGAAAUAGAGAAGAUUAAGAUGGCAAUUUGCAUAGCACCAUAGGUUACACAAAAGGGGAUAUUGUUCCGACAGCAAGGGGAAACUGCCAUGUCUUUGAGGCUCCCUUGUAUUAAAAUAUGUACUCUGUGCACGUAGAAAAACAAACUUCCAUUAGCUCUUUGAGGUGGCCCAGAUAAGUAGCACAAGUACAAGCAGCAGCUGUCCCUAUAUUGUAAGAUUACAUUAACAGACUCUUGCAAUCUGAAAGUACAGGCAGUCCUCAACUUACAACCACAACUGAACCCAAAAAUUCUGUUGCUAAGUGAGACAUUUGUUAAGUGAAUUUUGCCCCAUUUUCUGAUCUAUCUUGCCACUGUUAUUAAGUGAAUCACUGCAGUUGUUACAUUAGUAACAUGGUUGUAAAGUGAAUCUAACUUCUUCAAUGAUAUCGCUUGUCAGAAGGUCGCAAAAGGGGAUCACAUGACCCCGGGACGCUGCAACGGUCAAAAAUAUGAAUCGGAUGCCAAGCAUCUGAAUUUUGAACACACGACCAUGAGAAUGCCACAAAGGUCAUGUGAACAACAGUCAUGUCACAUUUUUCAGUGCCGCUGUAGCUUUGAACGGUCACUAAACAAACUGUUGUAAGCUGAGGACUACAUGUAUUAAUCCCCUCCUUUCCUUUUAUUCUCCAGAAACUAUGGAAAGUUCCUUCUGAGAUGUUUUCCAUGUCCCUUUUCCUUUCAUGGACUGAGAUACCAUUUUUAAGAUGGUGGUCUAAGCUGCAACUCUUCUUGCUGUCUCCCAAGGUCAUUCUCACAUACUGAUACAAUAUCAGGAGGAGCAGUGAAGAAAAUGAAAAAGAGCUUCUUCACCAAGGCUAUAAACAUUCCCCAGUCUUCCCUGUUGCCCAUCUAAAAUGGUUCAGCUCAGGGUCAUGACCUCCUCAUUCUUGGUAAUACAUUGAAAUGAAAGGACGUAGGUCACAAAAUCUGAGGCUUGCUCUGCUUUCUAAUUUCUGGGGUGGUUGUUCAUUUUUCUGAGAAGGGUUGGUUGACCAAUUCUGUAGUUGAAAGUCUACAUAAGGCGGGAACGUGCAGAUUUUUUUGGGACCCAUGGAAGGGCUCUCCACUCCUCCAAAGAUGAUUUGCAUCAAGAUAAGAGUUUUGUUGCUAUGGUUCCUUUAGCUUUGUAGUAUGUCCUUUCCACAAGAAGUCAUCACUGGACCAACCAGUCCUGGACAAUUUUUAUCCAGUUCUUCAGCCUUCCUUUUUUAAGUUGUAGGAAAUAUAAUCAAGCGACAGUGUCAGAGGUUCCUGGAGGAAAUGGAUUAUUUGGAUCAGUUUCAACUGGAACAUAGUCCAAAGUUUGCAUUGGUUGCACUUGGAGAUGAGCUGUGGUAGAGAUUGGAUGAGAGACAUUGGAGUGUCUGUCCAAUGUUCCUUGAUCUCUUAGUUGGUUGAGAUACUGCCAAUUACAGUACUUCUGGACUGGCUAUGGGGAUUUAAAGUGGUGGGCACCAGAUUAUGACGGUUCUCUUCCUUUUUCUGGUGGCUUCUACAUAGCAUUAACAGAGUAGAGCUCACAUCUAUGGCCCGGCAUCUGUGGGUGCCCAGAGGCUUGACGCUCUUGCCCCUUUUGUUUUAACAACUAUACCAAGGGUCUCCAAACUUGGUCAUUUUAAGACUUGUGGACAUUACCUCCCAGAAGCUGAAGUCCACAAGUCUUAAAGUAGCCAAGUUGGAGACCCCUGAUCUACGCAGAACCACUGGCUGAACCCAUCCAUUGGUUUGAUGUCCACACUCAUGAGUUUGCUGAUGAUACCGAACUGUACCUCUUGACCUCAGCUCUCCCAACAGAUGCUGCUCAAUUUUCUUUUCCAAUGUCUUGAGUCUGUGUGGGUCUGGAUGCAAAGGGACAGACUCAAGCUCAAUUCUAACAAGACUUGAAUAGUUCUAGAUAUUUGCCCAUUUCCCCCUCCCCAGUUCAGAGGACUUUCUAACUCUGGUCUUGGAUUUAUUUAUUUAUAUAAAUUGAUUUAUAUGGCUGCCCAGCUGACAGAUGCAGUUCUGGGUAACUGACAAAAAACAAACAAAACUAAACUAAAAAUAUGUUAUAUAAAUAUGGGGCAACACUUCUUUAUUCAACUGCCUCUUUGUGACAGACCUUGAACACCAAAGUUAUGAAUAUUAAAAUGACUUUUAUUAUAAGGUUACAGUAAGAGAGUCUUUCAACUCUCACUGUGCCUCUCCCUCCCUGUCUUUCUACUGAAGAAAACUAGGGAGGAGUCAGUCUGAGGUGCUUUUUCAAGUUACAUUCCUGCUUUGGAUUUGAAUUUCUCUUAUCUGACCAUUCCUUAGCUGUGGCUGUUUCUCCUUUUCCUCAAGAUUAUUUUUACAGCUCAUUACGACUAGUGUGUAAUCUUGGAGACAGUGGAUUGCUUUGGACUCAAAGCUCCUGUCUGAAGAGCAGGUGGCAGCUGUGGCCAAGAAGCCCUUUGCAAAGACCCAUUCAAUGUCCCAAAGAUGGUUUUUCAAGAGGCAACUGGACUUUCUGGUUUUUCUUUGAAGAUGUUUCGCUUCUCAUCUGAAGAAGCAUGCCUUUCCUAUCAAAGUUCCAGUUCUCUGAAAUAAGAUCCCCCACAGAUCCAUGGGGCUUCCCCCUUGAUGAUGUUCAGAAACACUUUGAACCCCUUCCUCUUCUCCCAGGCUUUGGGAUAGGAUAACAGUUGAGCUCCAUGGGAAAGCCAAAUUUGGCAACUUUAAGACGGUGGACUUCCAACUCCCAGAAUUCCUCAGCCACCGUACAAAUUCUGGUAGUUGAAGUCUACCAGUCUUCAACUUGCCAAAUUUGGAGAUGCCUUAGCUGGAUGAUUGAGAGUCUUCACAGACAACCCCAUGGGAAUGUUUUGACUCUACCUAUGGUCUCUUCUGGACAUAUCCAGUCUGUAUCUGUUAUCAUUGUUUCCUUCUUUUUAAGCAUAAGCUGGUCAAAGCCUAUUGGAAUAGACCAGCCUCUAAAUCAUAAAUUAAAAGAAAUCAACCUAGUUUCAUAUUUGAAGAAAAGAUGAUGGUUGCGACUUCUAUAUGUGCAGUGAAAAGCAGGGGUAACAUGUUAGUAAUGGAUUGUAGACAUCAGUGGACUUAAAAUUGGUGUCUGCCUUCAAUCAUCUUGUCCCCCAGGUAUCCUGUCCUUGAAAAGCUCACUUUGAUUUUUCUCUCUUGGAGAAUCUCUGGUUGGCUUACAUCUUUGCUUUGGAUUAGGGAAUAGCCUCUUUCUCUUAAACGGGGAUAGGCAGCCCUGUUUGCUAAAAUUAUUAGGUUUCCAAGGGAAUUUACAAGGAGCGUCUGAUGACCUAUUUGCAGAGCGGGUGGGAUUGGAUUUAACAAUUAUUCCUUGUAUCUUUUUAACAACUUGGUGCACUGUCACAUCUAUCUUAAUGCCUGCUAUUUUUAAAAAAGAAAACUAAAUGUCCUAUUGCUGGACUUUAGUGAUUUGCCACCAGCUUUUGGCAGAGUGAUGUUCAGGAAUUGCGGGUUCUGCCACAAAUUGGCUAGGGUGUGGUGGCACAGUGGUGAGAAUGCAGUAUUGCAGGCUGCUGACUGCCAGGAGUUUGAUCCUGACAGUCUGAAGGUUGACUCAGCUUUCCAUCCUUCCGAGUUCGGUAAAAUGAGGACCCAGAUGCUUGGGGGCAAUAGGCUGACUCUGUAAGCCACUUAGAGAGGGCUGUAAAGCACUGUGAAGCGGUAUAUAAGUCUUGUGCUAUUGCUAUAUGAUCUGUUACCAAAGGCUGCUUGCUCCAACUGUAAGCUAAAAAAACUGAUUUAUUAUUGCUUUUCUUGUCUUCCUCACGAUUCUUAAGACAAUGUGUCUGUUACAUUUAAAACGUAGAAGAAAAAUGAUUGUGCCAAAAUAUUUCUGCGUUCCAAUGUGUUUGUUGUGUGCUUUACAGCUUUGGUAAGAGUAUUAUUCAGUUUUCAGUUGUUUUAAGAUCACAUGAGAGAAAAUUUAAACCAAUACCUUGGGAUCUUCUUUUCCUGAAGUGUCAAACGCUAGUUGUCAGCAUAAGAAGAAACAAAUGCAUUCCAGUUCUUUGACUGAUUUUAUACAAAACCUUAACCCUAAAUGCAUAGAACAAGAUGAACAACAUUUAAGGUUGAUGUGAUCUGUAUUUAAGCAAAUAUGCCGUAUUAGGACAACGUGAUGAGUUGAUUCACAAAAAUGAUAGAGAUUGUUUCAGUUCAGGAUUUUCACAACACAGUCACAAUCUAGCCUGUACUAAUUUUGCAUAUUCAGCAUCUUAGAUCAAUGUUUUUUCAACUUAGAAACUUUAAGAUGUGUGAACUUCAACUCCCUGAAUUCUGGCUGAGAAAUUCUGGGAAUUAAAGUCCACACUUCUUAAAAGUUGCCAAGUUUGAAAACUGUUUUAGUGACCAUCAAGCCAACUGAGAGGACUGAUAUUAAAUCCUGCCAUAGCUUUAUUGUUGUCAGCUUUUACUGUACUAGAACUGUAAGGGCCUUAAAAAUUGGAUUAGGGAAUUCUGGGUUCUCUUCCUUAUUUCUUCUUUUUUAUGAGUCCAAUGAAAAACUUGAUUUAUUCUCUUUCUUCCUGCUUCUUUUUUUUAAAAAAAAGAUUUACAUCUUUGGAUAGUAUUAAAAUAUGCCAUUUUACUGGAAAAUGACAACUGGAAAAAAACCUGCCUUUUUAAGGGUGGCAGAAUGUUUUACUACAUCAUACUUGGGCUGUCCUUAAAUGUAAUUAUGAAUUUGUAUUCUUGAUAAAAAUGUUUUCAUUUGGAAGAAGAAAAAAAGCAGACAUUGAUUGAAUAAUGAAGUGGGGCAUUCCCUUUGUCACGUAAUGACCGUGAAAUCACUAAUACAGAUAGUCCUAGACUUACGACUGUAACUAAGCCCAGAAUUACAGUCAUGAGUCAUUGCAGUCAUAAAUUGAGUCAUCAUGUGACCAGACCCAAUUUUUUGACAUUUUUUUGUAGCAGUUGUUAAGCAAAUCCAUUUGCCCCAAUGGGUGAAAUCAGCAAAACUCACAUGACUGCAAAUUAUGAGCUGGUUGCAAAGUGCUGAAAAUGCAGACAUGGGACUAUGCACAAGGGGAUGGAUGUAGCCAUUGUAAAUUUAAAAACAGGUCAUAAUUAAGGGGAGGACUGUUGUAACUUUGAAUAGUCAUUAAGUGAAUAAUCGUAAGUCAAGGACUACCUGUAUAUCUCCUUUUUGGUUGUAAAUACACAAAUCAAGUAAACCUGAAGGACACUGUAAUCUAUUUGGGCACAGAAGGACAGUUCAUCAUCUACAGCUUGAAACUUUUCAGUCUUAACAUAUUUAUGAUUGUAUAUUGCAAAUAGUUGGAUAUUCAAAGAACUAUAGUUAGGUAUUUUGCAAAACCAGACAGAGAAAAAGUAAUACUUCAGUAUUUGGAGGGAGCAGAAUUGAUCCCAUGCUCCAUUUUGAGAGCUGUUUGAGACUCAAUAGUGAAGUUCCUAGCUCAUAUUUUGCUGGAUAUUGCUUUACUUUGUCCUACUCUAUAGAAGAAGCUGCAAAUGUGGAUUUUCUAUUGAUCUGUUUCUUGUGCUUCCUUUCCUAUACACAGGCAGCUAAUCAUGGUCACACUGUAUAUACAUGAGUUGAGCUGGAUCAGGAAAAUGAUGAUAUAAAGCAGUAUUUCUCAAGCUUGCAACUUGAAGUUGUGUGGACUUUAAUUUCCAGAAUUCCCCAGCCAGCAUGGCUGGGGAAUUCUGGGAGUUGAAGUCCACUCAAGUUGCCAAAGUUGAGAAACAUUGAUAUAUCGAGAGAACUUCUAUAAGCAACCUACCAUCCUAAGCAAUCUAAGAUCUGGUGCUGAUCAGUGUAGUGAAAUAAUCUCAUUGACUGUUGUAGAAUUUUGAAAUUGUUCAAGCUAAAAUUGCAAAGUAUAUGUAAUCGCUGCCAAAUGUAAAGUUGUCUCAUGCAGUUGGAUUUAAUGUAAAUGAAACUUCUCUUGUUUCUCAUUCCGUCUUUUGAUUGUUCCUCAGUUUGUUUUGUUUUGGGUUUCAUGAAUGUUUUUUUUAAAAAUCUUCAUUGGACUUCUUCUUACACAGUUUUCAAGAUAUUUUGCAAUGAAUGUUCUUGCUAAAGGCUAAUGAAUAAAUUUGAGUUUUGUUUUUUUUAAAAAAAGAGGUUACUCUCUUUCAUUGCUGACCUAGGCAUUUUUUUAAAUAAUAGAUUGUAAUAUUGUAUUUAUAAGUUCCACCAAAAAUUACCUCUGGGAAUUAAGCCAAAAUGCAUUUAAAAUGCAGGUGGGAUGCUUGCGGGCAUAUCUCAUUUGUAAGCAUGUCUCAGGAUGUUAGGGUUCAUAUCCUGAUUUAUAAACCUUCCUGCAACACUUGUUGAGAUGUAGAGUCUACAUGAAUCUAAGCUGUGAAAGGAUGGGUUAAAGUAAAGACUUUAGUAAAGACCAAGGUGAGAGCUGUAGGCAACAACAUUUCAUUUUAAUGUAUGCCAAUUAGUGUACAUUCAAAAUGACAAUAAAGUUAUCCUAAGUUCUAAGUGUAAAGUAAAAACCCUUCAACCCUCCUUUCGCCUUCAUUGUAUUUGGCCUACCCACCCAUGCUGCCAGUGUUGACAAGAUGGAAAUUAAAACCUGGCAGAGAAUGGGGAAGAAGUGUCUUUAUACAUUUUUCAUGAACUCAGUCAAUUGACAAAGAGAUCAAAACUGGGAGAAAUUUCCUGACAGUGAGAAAAAUUAAUCAAUAGAACAACUUGCCUCCAGAAGUUGUAGGUACUCCAUCACUGCAGGUUUGCAAGAAAAGAUCUGACAACCAGUUUUCUGGAAUGAUAUAAGGACUCACGCCUUGGGCAGAGGGUUAAACUAGAAGACCUGCAGGGUCCCUUACAACUCAGUUAUUCUAUAUUCAACCAACUCCAUGGUUAAGCAGAUCACAGAUUACUGAGAUAUGUGAAUCUAGGCUUAAAAUGCAUACAUCCACACACCCAUAUGCAAAACAUUUAAAACUGGUUUUAGGAGUAGGAAAAACAUGAAGGAACUUUUAGUUGUUUAGAAAAGAUUCUUCAGCAUGAGAAUAAACCCAAAAUAACCCUAAUUUGAUUGUGUUUGGAAUAAGAUGGAACAUUUUUGGAAACGUUGCUAUGCCUGUCUCUUGAAAUGGUUUGUCUCAAAGGAGUGACAAUCAGCCUUGAUGGAUGUUACGAGAAUGGAUACCCAAACACAGGGAGACCCCUAAACUGGGGGAAGGUGCUUUAUGAAGCUAUCUACCGUUUGUCCAGGGUUUGACAUUCUCCAUAAGGGGUUUCAUACUGUUCUUCUGUCACUUGGCGCAUGUGGGCUUCACAUUUGAAGGAAGACAAUUUUCAUGAUGGCCCCUGUGUGUCUCUGGGGUCCAUUUGAGAUUAAAUGGAGGGCAAAGACUCCCUGCUGGUCCUAAACCUGAUUUAAUUCUGCCUCUAAUGUUUACAGCUAGUCAACCUCGUAAUCUCAUUCAGCCUAAGCAUAAUAGUUCAUCCAUCAUUCUUCCCAUCUUUUUUCCUGGAUGGCCCCCAUCUACUCAAAUUGAAUUAGGUCUAAUUAAAUCAUGCUGGAAGAUGGAUCAUGCGUCCCUGAGGCAGGUCCCUCAAGACACAUGGGCACAGUAGCCUCUCGGCCCCAUGGAGCCCCCACUUUCUCCCUCUGGUCUUUGAGUCAAGCAUAUUUUGAUGAACAAGAACUUCUUCACCAGUUCAUGGGAAAGUAUUUGCAAAUUGGCUUUGUCCUCAUGAUUUCUGGGUCCUAUAAUUUUUUCUUUCCCCUAUUUUUUUCUCCAUAAGAAAGGAAGCUAAGAAACUAGUUAUUCAAGAGAUACUGUAGAUAUUCUGGAAAUCCUCAAGAUCAUAGACAGUGGUUCUCUCCAUCUAGAUGACAUGGGAAGCAAAUUAAGUUUGGAAAUAAUAGGAUCAUUUUUGAGUUUUUUGUGUGUGAGGUUGCAUGAGGAAACAAACACCUUAAAAAUGGAAUAUCUUCCUCCCCAAGCCCAUCAUUUCCCCACCAUACAAUCAGUGAAAAAUCCAGACUGCUUUGAGUCAGCUGGCUUUAUAACUAAUAAACUUUUGGGUUGUUUCACAAUGAAAGGAUGAGAUCGCUCAGCUGAAAAUCUUAUAACAAUGACCUUUUUGCUUUUCCCUGCUGGGAAGGUGGUACACGUACUGAUAGAGAAUUGAAAUGGCUACAUAGAUGCUGCUGAUGCCCAAUUAACUCAUGAUGGAUGUUCUUUGUGGUUUUUCUUAAGUUGGCAGUAGGGACGCUGACAUCAGCUUUACUCCCUUUUUUUAAAAUUGCAAAACCAAAAGAAAAAAAAAUGGUGAGGAAGUUUCAUGCUCUCUUUGCUAUCACAACAAUGAUUUUAUUUAUUAAGAGGAUUUCUCCUCUAUCCAUUGGCUGUGGUCAAGGAGCACAAAGUAGCUGAUUACAUUAAAAGAAAAGCAAAUGAUCCCCUGAAAAGUCUGUCCCCCAAGUCUGUCAAUGAUUGAAAAGAGAUGUGAUUGAGAAUCAAGGAAUAAAGCUUAAAAAAAAGGAAUGGAUUAUUAAAUUUGUCUUUCUAAACAUUUUAAAUAUGUUGGAAUUUAUUUCCCCCCCAGGAUUCUGAGCAUAAAUGUUAGCUUUAUGUAACAUAAAGCUUUAUGUACUGUAAAUAGAAGACCUCUAUUUUGCUUCCAAUUAAGCAACCUAUUACUAGUACACUUGAGGUACUAAUACUGCUCUAUAAAGUCUUAUUAAAGCCACACCUAGAAUAUUGCAGUGGUCACCACACUAUUAAAAAAAAGAUAUUGAGACUCUGGAAAGAGUGCACAAAAGAGCAACAAAGAUGAUUAGGGGACUGGAGGCUAAAACAUGAACGG